GACAGGAUUCACUAUUUCACCAUAGUCACGCCAUAUAUAUAUAAUAUAGUUUGGUUGUAUUCAUAGGAGCUUUGACAGUUUAAUUAGCAACAACUAUCACCUGGUAGUGUCAUCAAUGUCGCAAAAACCAGUGAAAUACUAUGUGGUUAAUGCUUUCACUGAAACAGCAUUCAAGGGGAACCCUGCAGCAGUUUGUUUGUUAGAAGAAGAGAAGGAUGAGAAAUGGUUGCAAGCAUUAGCAACUGAAUUCAAUAUCUCUGUCACAUGUUAUUUGAUUCCCCUUCAAGGAACAACCUCUAAUCCUCGUUUUCGUCUCCGAUGGUUUACUCAUAUUCUCGAGGUUAGUAUUUGUGCUCAUGCCACAUUAGCGGCUUCACACACGCUAUUUUCAUCGGGUUUGGUGGACAAGAAUGUUACUAUUGAAUUUGUGACACUAUCUGGAAUUUUAACUGCCAAAAAUAUCUCAAUGAUCAAUGGCACUAGUCACUUGAAGAAUUUACAGAAUGGUGUACUUCAUAUUGAAUUGGACUUUCCUGCUGACCCUAUUACAGAACUCAAUAUUGAUGAUACUUCACUUAUUUCUCAAGCAUUGAAUGGUGCUUCCAUAGUUGAUAUAAAGAAGACACAAAUUCAACAUGACAUACUUGUUGUGGUCACAUCUGGAAAAAAUGUCACAGAAGUACAACCAAAAUUUGAUGCAAUUGUUAAAUGUCCUGGAAGGGGAAUAAUUGUUACAGGGAUUGCUCCUCCACAGUCAGGAUUUGAUUUCUACAGUAGAUUCUUCUGUCCAAAAUAUGGAGUCAAUGAGGAUCCUGUCUGUGGAAGUGCACAUUGUGCCUUAGCAUCAUAUUGGAGCAAGAAACUGGAAAAGUGUGAUUUAAAGGCGUAUCAGGCAUCAGCUAGAGGGGGAGUUCUAAAUAUUCAUAUUAAUGAGCAAAAACAAAGAGUGUCUUUGCGUGGGAAGGCUAUUACAGUGAUGAAAGGGUGUGUUUUGGUCUAAUCUUGUUCCUUUCCAUUGCAAUCAAUGCACUUGCACAAAAUUAUGCAACAUAUCACAUGACAAAAAUUGUUCUUGGAGCACUUGAUUGUUAUGAUACUUUAUUAUAUGCCUGUUGCCUUUAUUUUGAAUUUAGCAUUGUUGUUACUUGUUAACUACAGUACACUAUGUAGAAUUGCAUUUUUUUUUCCUCACUAUAUACUGUAUGUUUUAUGGCACUAAGUAAGAUUUUUAACUAGAUAGUUGGAGUUGAU